AUGAAUAUUCCAAAAUAUCAACAGGCGCAAGUUCAAGGACAACAGCCUAACUUGCAAGCACAACAGAUCUUACUACAACAAUUACAGCAAGGACAGUCACAGCAGCUGCAGCCAUCCAUAGGUGGUAGUGGUGGGGCGGGCCAGUUCUCCCAGCAAGAUAUCUAUAAUGAUAACAUAGCGCAACAAAGCCUUUACCAAAAUAACUACCAAAGACCGGUGCAAGCACAACAGCCGCCCCAAUUGCAGAAUCUCCACCAACAGCAACAAUUUUUCCCCCAACAAUUCCUGCUGCAACAGCAAAACCAACCACAAGCACUGCUGUUGCAACAAUAUCAGCAGCAGCAACAACAACAACAGCAGCAGCAGCAACAGCAACAGCUGCAACAGCCACAAUUGCAUCUUCCUCAGCAAUACCAGCAAUCUCAAGGUCAGCAGGUACCACACCAACCACCUCAUAUACAACAACAGCAACAAUUUUUCAACCAGCAAGCAGCUGCUUUACAACAACAGCAGCAACAACAACAACAACCGGCCCAAAAACUCAAUUCCAUUAACAUAGAGAAUCCAAAUUCCAUAUACUGGCAACACCAGCAACAAUUAUGCCAAUUGUCUAGAAAUGCAAACAUUCCUCAUUACUACGCUAGACAAUAUGCUGCAAACUCCAGAAAGAAUAAAAAUCCAUAUAGUGAAGUCAAAUCAGUAAGUUUAAUAGACGCCACAAGAUCAAUAGUUUCUACUUUGAAUGAACAAGAGAACGCUAAAUCCAACCCUGGGUCUGCUACUAACUCUGCAUUAUUGCAUAAUAAGAAAUUAGCACAGGAUUUGGAUGAUGACCAUUUACAGGAAGAACAAAGAAUGAGACAAAAGACUCAAGGAAGACAGUUAUGGUGUCAAUUAGACUUAAGUGGUCAAGGCUUGGUCAAUUUAUCACCUAAAUUGUUUCAGUAUGAUUUUUUGGAAUCGCUUUAUUUGAAUAAUAAUAAAUUAACUAGCGUUCCCCCAAUAGUUAAUAAAUUAAGAAGUUUGAGAACCUUAGAUUUAUCUCACAAUAGAAUUAGUGAGGUUCCACCAGAAUUAGGAAUGUGCUUCAACUUACGGUAUCUUUAUUUAUUUGAUAAUAAUAUCAAAAUUUUACCUAAUGAAUUCGGUAAUUUAAUUGAGUUAUUAUUUUUAGGUAUAGAAGGCAAUCCAAUAGAUCUAAAAAUUGCAAAUUUAGUUGCGGAAAAGGGAACUAAAGAGUUGAUCGCUUAUUUAAGAGAUUUGAAGCCAACUUUCAGUAAGCCGCCUCCAAGACAAUGGUUAUUGUUGGAGGAGGAUGGAGAAAUCAUUGAUCCUAUAAGUAACCCAGAUGCUUAUACUAACGACAACAAUAAUUCUGAUACUAGUGAUACUUUCACAAUGAUGUCAUAUAACACCUUGUGUCAGCAUUAUGCUACUACAAAAAUGUAUAAAUAUACUCCUUCGUGGGCUUUGGAAUGGGGCUUUAGAAGAGCUGCUUUGCAAGAAGAAAUAUUACAUUUCAAGAGUGAUUUGGUUUGUAUGCAAGAAGUUGAAACCAGGACGUUCCAUGAAUUUUGGGUUCCAGUCAUGCAGGGAUUUGGUUAUAAAGGUGUUUUCUUUAAUAAGACUAGAGCUAAAACUAUGAGUGAAUCUGACUCAAAGAAGGUUGAUGGUUGUGCCACUUUCUAUAAGACUGAUAAAUUUGAGUUACUUCACAAGCAAAACUUUGAAUAUAACAGUGUUUGCAUGGGAUCUGAUAAAUAUAAGAAAACCAAGGAUUUAUUUAAUAGAUUUAUGAAUAAGGAUAAUGUUGCUUUAAUCACGUACUUUAAUCAUAUUCAAACUGGAGAAAAGAUUUUGGUUGUUAAUACGCAUUUGCAUUGGGAUCCGGCUUUUAAUGAUGUUAAGACUUUACAAGUUGGAAUUUUGUUAGAAGAAUUACGUACUAUUAUGAAGAAAUAUCACCAUACGAAUUCUAUUGACGAAAUUAAGAAUGCUUCAAUGGUUAUAUGUGGUGAUUUUAACUCCACAAAGGAAAACGCUGUUUAUCAAUUGUUUUCGACUGGUGCCGUAUCCAACCACGAGGAUUUAGAGGGUCGUGAUUAUGGUAAGUUUACAGAUGAAGGUUUCCGUCACCUGUUCAAGUUGAAGUCAGCAUAUGAUCACGUAGGUGAACUACCAUUCACUACAAUUUCACCCGCAUUUACCGAUGCUAUUGACUACAUUUGGUAUUCGACUUCUACUUUGCAAGUUAAAGGGUUAUUGGGAAAAAUUGACGAAGAAUAUGCAAGUCAUUGUAUUGGCUUCCCUAACGCUCAUUUCCCAUCUGAUCACAUUCCUUUGGUCACCAAAUUCCAAAUCAAGAAAAGUGGUAACAACAAAAAGCCUGACUUCAAGCCUGAUUUCAAGUCUGGAUCUUCUAGGAAAACUUGA